CCUAAUGAGCUGGCUGCUACACAGAGAGACCGGGGUUACCGUCUGGGCUGGACCGUCAGAGAAGCAGCGAUAUCAGCCUCCUCAGCCUCGCCGCUCACCGCUCGGUGACCGAGGCUCCGCGCGUGUCCGCUACCGUUCCCCUCUCCUCCUUCUUCCUCCUCUGCCUCCUGACUGUUUUUCCCCCAUCUAUUCUGACUGCAUGUUCAGCCACACCGCCUCCCUCUGCGUCUUCACUUCGGCCGAGCUCCGCCGAACAUGGACAGCCGGGUUCUCGAGCAUCCUCACGCCCAGUUCGGCGGCUCCUUGGGCGGCCUGGUGGGUUUCCCCUACUCGCUCGGUUCCCACCAUCACCACCACCACCACCAGCACGUUUACGAGCUCGCGAGCGGACACCAGCUGCAGUCCGCGGCCGCCGUACCCUUCUCUAUAGACGGAUUAUUAAACGGCUCGUGCUCGGCCUCUGUGGUCUCCUCCAGCCCUUUACUCUCAUCCGACAGCCAGCAGUUCAAACUAUCAGAUUCCGGAGACCCGGAUAAGGACAGUCCCGGCUGCAAAAGGAGGAGAACCAGGACGAAUUUCACCGGCUGGCAGCUGGAGGAGCUGGAGAAGGCUUUCAACGAGAGUCACUAUCCGGAUGUGUUCAUGCGGGAGGCGCUCGCGCUCAGGCUUGACCUCGUGGAGUCCAGAGUUCAGGUGUGGUUUCAAAACAGACGAGCUAAAUGGAGGAAGAAGGAGAACACGAAGAAGGGCCCCGGACGGCCCGCCCACAACUCCCACCCGACCACCUGCAGCGGCGAGCCCAUGGACCCCGAGGAGAUCGCGCGGCGGGAGCGCGAGCGGGCCGAGAAGAAGAAACGCAAACAUGAGAGGAAGCUGCUCAAGUCCCAGAACAAGCUCCUGUCGGGCGACAGCUUCCACACGCCGGGCGGCUCCGAAAGCGACAGCGGGGUGUCGCAGUUCACCGACAGCGAGCAGCAGCCGCCCUCCAUCCACGUGGAACUGCCGGCGUCGAGGGGCGAAUCCAGCUGCGACCAAACGCGACACGACUUCGGUCCGCCGCAAAACCAGCCAAACCAAAGAACCGUGGGGGAACCGGAGCAGGUCUCUCCGGGCAGCACGCAUGGCCCCGGCCCCGGGGGUCAGAGGUCGCCCGGCGUGCAGAAGCGGAACCCAUUCAGCGUGGAGAGCCUCCUCUCCGACACCAUGCCACGGCGGAAAUCCCAACUGGACUUUUCCUCACUGCCCAAUCAAAGGACGCUGGUGGGCAAGGGGCACUUCCUCCUUUACCCCAUCACCCAUCAGCCUUUGGGGUUCUUAGUGCCCCAAGCCGCCCUGAAGGCAGCUCCGUGUCAGGAGAACUCCGACAGACUCGCCCAGGGACAGAGGCGCUCACCGAGCGAAGGGAGCCCGGCUCCCUCCGACCUCUCCGCCUUUGGCAGCACCACUGAGCGUUUGAACUCGGCCCAUACGGAGCACACACACCACAAUCACCUCGGUGUUACAGCAGAGGCAGGCAACGCCAGGGUCCGCGUCAGCAGCUGCAAAAAGGCGGCCUUCCCCGUUCCUCCACCGUCCGACGGCGCGGAUCAGACGGUUCUGGUCGGCGAGGACGGGGGGCCGGCGUCUCGAACGGAGGUCGAGCAGAGUUCAAAGGAAAGGAGCGCAAGAGAGGAGCCGGGGUCUCCAGGCCCCGGCGAGGCGAACACAGACUGUGGAGAAAGACCAGGAACAGAUGGAGAGGAUGUCGAUAUGGACUAACACUUUCUAGGAGCAAACACAAACAAAGGACCAGGGAAAGAAACAAAAAAACAAAAAAACGCUCCAACCAGUUCAAACAUUCCCAAAGUUCUGCCGAGACACUCUGAAACAUAUCAGGAAUCAGGAGACUUGAUCUUUUGUUAAUUUUCUUUAUUUUUUUUUAAGGGUAUGACAAGUCCAGCCUUUUGAGCAGCUCCCUGUCCCCCGACACACACCUUUCAGAAGCAGGUUUUGCUCUUUUUCUUUUUUCUUCUUUUCUUUUGUUUUUGUGAACAGCUUGUAAGAAAAACUAUAGGCUUCAAUAAAACGAACACAACAAAAAUCCUCAAAUAUUGUAAAAAAAAAGAAAAAAAGAAAAAAACAAGAAACAAAAACAACAAAAAAAUGAGAUAACGAUAUUUAUAUGUAAACAUUUUUGAUAAAUAAAGUUAUUGUUUUAAUUGAAUUCAGUUUGUCUUGAGGUCGGAGAGAGAAAAGGAUGUUUGACAGAAGCUUUUUGGAUCAUGGCAGCUAGAGUUUUGUCAUGUUACAGCAGAAAAUAUCCCCCCUCUUUUUGUCCUCCCCUCACCCUCUCUGUGUCAUGAGCCAUGCAAGAGCUGGAGCUCAAGUCCGUCUGGCUGUUUGUAUUUAUUGCUUUAACAAAUUUAUUCAUUUGAAAGGCCGAGCUGGAAUGAGGUUAGUGGCCGCGGGCUAUAGGACCCUGCGCCUCCUGCUGAGUUUUGAUAUGAAAGUAAUUAUUUUCCCACUGGCUGCCGCAGGUCUCCAGGCAGUAACCCCCCCCCACACACACACACACACACGCACACACACACACAUCCCUUCUUUCUUUUUUCUCUCCCCUUCUUUCGUUUCAGCCCAAAGGGUUAUUAGACAUUACCGAUUUCCAGUGAUAUGGAAUCACAUAAACUUCCUACAAUAAUAGAAUUAGCAUGAAAGGCAGGGGUGUCAAAUUGAAAUGGGAAAAUAAUAGCCGCGCCAGCUGCACCGCGCCGGUGUGUGUAUGCGUGCGCGCGCGCGCGCGGUCCGCUGUGCGUGAGCGUGCAUAGUCUAUUGAGCAGGAGGCGGAGAUGUGAGAUGGUGGGAGAUUCGUGGGGCGGAAUUUUCAUGAGCUGCCGCGGCUGUCAGACGGCCCUUGUAGUCGGCUAUAUUAAGAUAGAUGCUCGAUGAUAUCCCUCAUUGUUCUGUCGCUUAUAUUGAUGUUGCUGUGUUAUCGCCCUAUUGAUCAUGUGUCGCACAUAAUAGGACAGGCGCGCGCCCGCCUGCCUCGGUUUUAUUUUUUAUUUUUUUUUAACAAAAGCGCCUGGGCCCCUCGUCAUUUGUUCUAAUAGGACUGUGAUUCCCUCCGGGCCGAGACAGAUAAAGAUAUAGGAGGGGACACGGAAGAAAGGAAGCCCGGUGAUAUACAUUAGCAUUCUUUUUUGUUUUUAACUAAUUGUUGUUAGAACUUCUAGGAGUAUACUAUAAAUGAGAAUUUUGGAGAGGAUUAAAUAUUAUUAGUCAUUAAAAGAAAAACAUUAGAACAUUUAGACUAUAAUCUGACUAAAGACUUUUCACUACAAUUUGUCUAAAUUGGUCAUAUGCUAAUAAACAGACCGAAUUUAGGUAUUGAAUCUAAUGUAGCAAUAUUAAUUAAUAUUGGCUAAUUUUAUUGGCAAUAACUUAAAUUUACUUAAUCAAUUAAAUUAGUUAAUUUCUAACUAUUCAGUAAUGAUUUCUUUUUUCUUAUUUGGUGUGUUCUCCAUGGCAACAAGAAAAAACCCCACAGAAAUUGGUUUAUUAAGGCAUA